AUGGCUUCUAUAUUUACUUUCGAUCCCGACCCGCCCCGUGUUUCGUCGCCCUGGGCGGCAACUUCAGUUGGCGACCCGACGGAACCGUCGAAUACCUACCAAAAGACCAAGUCUCCUCUUUCAAGAAUCAGCGGCGAUGGCGAGCAGCAAGGACUACACGGAGAUCCUCUAGCAGAUGCAGUAGACUAUACAAAUAUUACCAGGUUGGAGGCGGAGCCUCAGGAUGGUCCAACAGAAUAUAAGCUGCAUCUACUUCUGAGGCGGCGACGGUCGUUCACUCGAACCACCACUGGUCGGCAUAUGUCUGGGUCUACGCGCCGAAGUGAUAUUCCUAUACCAGGAUCGGUGGGCCGCAGCGUAUCCGAGUCGGGCCUCGUUCAAAAUACUCCCCCACCGUUGGCCUCUACACAGUCAAAGCAGCAUCGUCUUGAGCAGCUGACGACGCAGCUGUUGUGGCGGUUGCAACAGUCAUGUCCUUAUCACAUAUCCUCAUCGAAAGCUCCCGUGCUUCCUCAUUUCCCGGGCGAUGCGUGCCUCUCAGCCCCUGAAAUGCCACAACGGCUUCUGCCUGGGCUUGAGGAGAGCAAGGGGGCGCUCUACGAGAUUGGUGUCGCUGAUGACGGCAGCAUUGUUGGUUUAGCAGAGGAUGAGAUGGAAGAGAGUCUGAACAACUUGCGCGCCAUGGCUGCGAGUUUGGGCUGUGGGGUAGAAGUCUUGCGUAGGGUCCCAGUCGGCGAGUGUGAAUGGGUUGAAGAUGCAGGAACUACACAGCAAAGAGUACAGCGAUCACAACUAUUGGUCGCCGAGGCUCUAGUGCGUCCGGAGCAGCAUCUCGUGGAUCACACAAAGAAGAAUCGUAAUGGCGCUUAUGAGAACACGUCAAAUGCAGCAGACAACAACGCAGCUCUGGCCAAGGCCCCACAGGCUACCAGUGAGCAGAUGCGGGUGUCAGUCACCGGAGCCACUAUGUCUGGAAAAUCCACUCUACUCGGCACGCUUUCUACCGCUACACUAGACAACGGCCGUGGAAAAAGUCGGCUUAGUUUGCUCAAACAUAGACAUGAGAUUGCAUCGGGAAUGACCAGCUCCGUCACCCAAGAGUUGAUAGGAUAUCGUGACGCGGACGAUCACACGCAGGUCAUCAGCUACGGGUCUGGAGAUGUAUCGUCCUGGAUAGAUAUUCAUGCUGCAGUUGAGUCUGUAGAAAGCGGCAGACUCGUGUUUCUUUCGGAUUCUGCCGGCCAUCCCCGGUUCAGACGUACCACUGUUCGUGGAAUCGUUGGCUGGCAACCACAUUGGACGCUUUUAUGCGUGCCUGCAGAUAAUACAGAAGAUUCCUCUGGCAAGCUCGGAGCAUCACCCACGUCAGAAGAAUUACUUGGACCAGCUGCUGCAGAUCUCGACCUUUCUCAUGCCCACUUGGAACUAUGCCUUGCUUUGGAGCUACCACUUGUGAUUGUCAUCACCAAGUAUGAUCUUGCUACCAAGAACGGGCUGAAAAGUACUUUAGUCAAACUCUUCUCGGCCCUGAGAGAGCACAACAGGAAGCCCUGUCUCAUCACUGACUCUUCGACGGCAGUGCUGGAAGCCGAUUUGCAUACAGUCGAAGCAGCCGAUCUUGAAGAGACUGAAAAAACACUCUGCUUGCUAGAAGACUCCCCUCUCGCAGCAGUACCUGUAGUACUCACCAGCGCAGUCAAAGGAACAGGCAUACAGAAGCUGCAUGCGUUCCUGCGCAAGCUUCCUAUGCCCAAACAGCCAGAACAGCCACCGCCUGAGUCACCAUCCCCGCUUUUCUACAUCGAGGAUGUCUACAGCGUGGGCAUGAGCGCCCCGGACGAGCAAUGCGCCAUCAUCGGUGGUUACAUCCGCUACGGCUCAUUAUCAAUCGGAGACGAAUUACUACUGGGCCCAUACCCCGCCGACGUCAGUUCCGACGACAGCGACAGCGGCAGCGCGCGACCAAAUCGCAAGCCCCUAAUAACGCAAUCCCGAUCCUUCCCAGGUGCCCUCACCACAAAAUCCAAAAACGCCUCCCUGCGUGAGAGCCAUAGCGAGUGGCGCCGCGUCCGCAUCACAUCGCUUCGCAAUCUUCGACUACCAGUGCGGACGCUGCUGGCGGGUCAAGUAGGCACCAUGGGCAUCAUGCCCGUAGAGUCGCCGAUGGUCAACACGUCCAUCAAUCGUAUCAGAAAAGGCAUGGUACUCGUAGCUCGCGAGCCCAAGGCGCACAAAGUCAUUCGAGUCCGGUUUGAAGACAAGCAAGCACAGGGCGUUCGGGACCUUGGUGUUGGAAGUGCGGUCAUAGUGUACAUCGCUAGUGUCAGGGCGUCUUCCAAAGUCGUUUCUGUGGCUGCUGAGUCUCCUGCUACGCAGCCAAGCAGUGUCGAUCGGAAUGCUGCUGCUACUGCUGAUGAUGAUGACGAAGAUGGGUUUGGGUUUGGGUUUGAUAGCGAAACGGAGGAUCAGGUGGAUGCUGCGGAGAGUGAGCCUCCGAGUGUCGUUGUUACGUUCCAGUUUAUUGCUUCGCGGGAGUUUGUAGAGGUGGGUGCUAGAGUGCUUGUUAUGCCGGGUGGUGGGCUGGGGAUUUCGGGUGGAAAUGAGCGGGGUGCAAAGGGUAUGGCUGGGCUGGAGGGGUUUGUUGGGAGGGUAAUUGAAGAUGUGUAG